AUGAAUCCAUGUGUUGUAUGUCUAGUACGUAGAAGUGGAAGACAUUUUGGAAUCGAUGCGUGCAGAGGCUGCACAGCGUUUUUUCGACGGUCAGUGGUUAGCAAAAAUCAGUAUAAAUGUAGUGAAAACGACACUUGUGAUAUUGAUAAAUCAAAAGGACUGCAAUGUAAAAAAUGUCGAUUCGAGAGGUGCCUGAAAAUGGGAAUGAGAAGAGAUUAUAUUCAAAGUCAGCGUGACUUUUAUGAUCGUCAGAGUUUAGCAAAUAAUCCUGUCCUUUCAAUUUCAAAUUUUCAAAACAAUGUCGGAAUAUUAUCAACUAUUGAAAAAGAUUAUUCACAUCUGGAAAAUAUAAGAGAAGUUGUGCAUAGAAUGGAGGGAGUAAAUAUGUUCAUGAAACCAUCACCGCGUGGUCAGACAUACAAAGAGACAUAUCGGUUGUUGCUACGAGAGUUUUAUUUGGUGGCUGACUGGAUUUCCAGUUCAUUCCCUAUUUUCACAGCGUUUCCAACUAGUCAGAAAGGCAUCCUCCUUCGCAACUUCUAUCUCACUUUCUAUAACCUGGAAGCUGGGUUCUUUGCUUGCCAACGGAACAGAAAUGACGUUUGGUUUCUACCAAAUGGCAAUUUUAUCAAUUGUCAGAAUUUGGAGAGCUUCUAUCACGACCCCAACAAUCUUCAACCAAUGACUUCAGCUGACGCGGCACGCUUAUUCGAAGGAACGCGGACCCAAUGCAAACGGAAUGUUCUGGAGCCAAUGUUAAGAGAGAAUGUAACACAGUUUGAGUUUUUGGCGUUGGUCGCAUUGAUACUUUUUGAUACAGGAUUGGAAGGGCAAACGGACAGUUGUUUAGAAAUUUGUCGGAAAGUGAGAACGACAGUACAAAGAGAAAUGAUUCAUUAUUAUUCCACAAAACGAGUUGAGGAAUAUCCGCUAAGGAUGGCUAACAUACUUUCAAUUAUUCCAAGUGUACAGAAAGCGUCUCAAAAAAUGCAAAGUGAUAUGGAACUUGGACAUCUAUUCAACGCAUACUCUGCAGAGAAACCGUUUUUUGAAAAUUGUAUGGGGAAGAGAUGA